UUUACUCUUUAGAGGUUAGGACUUCCAUUACCCUCGUACUUUGCAGUGUUGUGAUAAUGUGCUGGAGUCACUGAGAUUUGCAGUAAAAAAUGAGUAUUUUAACGAGGAAAUUGGCCUUGUUGAAUCCUUCAACACUUAGGAUAAGUGCAAUCGGUUCAAAUGCAGCUCUUGUCGACAAAUGCACCGAAGUGUCUAACAGGAAUCCGAGAAAUUUGGAGCUAUUGAGGAUCGCUAGAAAACCUGCUGGGUAUCAUCUGGAGAGAGUCUCGCGGAAAUUUUGGCAUCAACUAGUCAUCACACGAAGUGUUAAACACGUCGAAGUUCAUAUAGAGCAUAUAGAGAAUGGUCGGGUUAUCACAGCAACCACUAAGGAAUGGUCUUUGAAGAAACGUCUGUACUCAUACCACGACAGCUCUGCCUUCAUGAAUAUAGGUAGAGUCCUCGCGGAGAGAUGUAUAGAGAGUGGGAUCUUCGCUAUUCACGUCAGUCCGCAUAUGCCGAGGGGAGGAAAAGUCGACUUACUGUUAUCAAAGCUUGAAGAGGGUGGAGUUGCCCUCGUCGAGCCUCCAUUAUACAAAAAUCCCUAUCCAUGGGAUCUCCAAAGAUUAGAGAAACCGUGGGAUGUCACAGAAUCGUAAAUGUAAAUAAUAGAAGUCAUUGAAUUAAUCGUUAA